UCACUCCUUUCAUGUACACACCAUAGCAACAUUUCAACGUCACAUGUAAUAAUUAUACUUCACCACCCCACCAUUGCUCUACUUUACCUAUAUAUAUUUAUUUACAUGUUCAUUAAGAAAUUAAUUAAAUUUUUGAAAGUGGUGUGGUGCAUAUUGCAUAAUAAUACUCUUAUAGAUAUGGCAAGGAUUCCAGUGAGGUUUCAGAGAGUGGCAGCGGCGUUUGACGCUGACGUGGCACGCGUGAGGCUCUGCGAGAGCAGCGGGAGCGAGCACUCGCCGGAGAGUUUGACCGAUUUGUCGGAUCUCGUGAAGUCCUUUAUGGAGAAGAACGAGACAACAACCACCGGGGAAAAAGAAGAAGAAGAAGAAGAAGGUGGUGGUGUUCAUGAAGAAGAGUUAGAAAAAACUGAGUGGUCUGAUUCGGAGAAGAGGGAAAUGCUGCAGAGUUUCUUGUAUGGGAAAGAAGAUGAGACUGAUGAGGAUGAAAGGGACGCCAAAGAAAAAAUUAGGAGAGAGGUUGAAGUUGCAUUUGGACUUGUUGGGAACAAUUACAAACGCAGGUUGAUCUCUCUGUUAAGGGAGAAAGGUUUUGAUGCUGGUCUUUGCAAAUCCAAGUGGGAGAAAAAUGGAAGAUUAACAGCUGGUGAUUAUGAGUACAUUGAUGUCAAUUUUAAGGGAAAACGCUACAUAGUUGAAAUUUCCCUUGCUGGCGAGUUCGAAAUAGCUCGUCCCACAGAUCAAUAUUCUUCCUUGCUAGAUGUGUUCCCAUUGAUAUUUGUGGGUAAAGUGGAAGAGAUGAAGCAGGUUGUGAGGCUGAUGUGCACUGCUAUCAAGGGCUCCAUGAAAAGAAUGAAACUGCACAUACCACCAUGGAGGAGAAAUGUGUACAUGCAAGCCAAGUGGUUCGGUGCUUACAAACGAACAACCAAUGCAGUUGCAACUAAAAGGGUAUCAUUGCCUUUGUCUUCUGAUGAGUCUUUGUUUCCUAAAAGGUCCAUUGGAUUUGAAGUGAGACCUGUGAAAGCACACAAGUGCAGGGAUGUUUAUGCCACUAAUACUGGCUUCAGAACUGGUCAUUUGACUGCUGUGUUUAAUUCUGAUAGCCUUGGUGCAUAAUUGAAGUCAUAUUUAUUCUAUUUGUAUACAACUAUACAAGUGCUUUUCUUGAUGGUUGGAAGUUGAUGAGUGGUGGUGUGAACUGUGAAGUGCCUUAGCCUCAAAAAGUGCUUAAUUGAGAACAAUUUCUCUGAUGCACAGCUCUGGCAUAUUUUUGUCUUAUAGGUAGAUCAUAGAUGUGGUAACUGGUAAGCAGGGUUCAUUGUUAUGCUA